CAUUCAUGCCUAUUACAGAAGACGCAGUGACUCAGUCCCCGGGAAUCUACUCGAUCCGCAACCGAAUCAAAUUUCAAUCUGUGAACUCCCCGGGAUGAACUGUAUUAUCGAGCCACGAAAACACACAACUGCUUACCGACAUAUGUCAUAGUUGACAUUUAUAAAGUCAAAUGUCAUUUUUUUGAAAACAAACGUAAACAAAUAAAGCAAAUAACAAACAAACAAUAACAAAACUAAUAACAAAUUUUUGGAAAUAAAAACAUAAACAAAUGGAUUCCAUUGUUUUUUAUUUUAAUUCGAGGGAAAAUCUUUUUGCCCAAAUAAAAAGGAAACGUAUGGAUUUACGGUUCAAGGCAACAAAAAUCCUUGAACUCCCCGAUGAACUAUUUAUAAAGCACUUCAGAUUAAAUAAGCCAGCCUUUAAGUAUGUUCUACGUGAACUUAAGCGGCAACUCCCCCCGGUUGCAAGGUCAUCAUCGAUUUCACCAGAAUUGAAACUGGCUGCGAGCUUAAGGUUCUUGGCUGAAGGUGGAUAUCAGCAUGGAGUUGGGCAGGACUUCAAUUUAGGGAUGGCGCAGUCAACAAUAUCAGUUGUGCUCAGCGAAGUGCUUAACAUUUUGGAAGUGCAGUUAUGUCCGAGAUGGAUAAGUCUUGCCAUGACGGAAGAGGAAAAAAGUGAAGCUCGUUUGCAUUUUUACAGGAAAGGCAGAAUACCUGGUGUCAUAAUGUGCAUAGACGGAACCCAUAUAAAAAUUUCAAAGCCCACUGGAGAAAAUUCACAUCUGUUUUUGAACCGAAAAGGAUUUUAUAGUUUAAAUGCAAUGAUCGUUUGUGAUCAUGAACAGAAAAUCCGAUACGUGGAUGCAAAAUAUCCUGGUUCCAGUCAUGACAGUGUUGUAUGGGGAAACAGUGAGGCAUAUCAGUACUUCAAGUCCUUGUACGAUAAUGGGGAUAGAAACACAAGAUUGCUUGGUGUUGGAACCCCCAAAAGUCGAUUCAAUACAACCCACAGCAAGGCCCGCAAUGUUAUUGAAAGGACUUUUGGGGUUUGGAAAAAUUGGUGCAGAUGUUGCUUGGGUGCUCGGCAGCUGCACUAUUCACCGACUAAAGCUAUCCAAAUAGUUAAUGUUGCCGCAGCACUCCACAACAUAAGAAUUCAUUUCAAAUCAAAUGAUCAAAAUGUUGCAGAUUUUGAAGAAGGAGACGAUGCCGGAGAAGAAGAGGAAAGGGAAGAUGUUCCUGAAGAAAUCAAUCAAAACAACAUAUACCAGGAACAAGCGAACGUUCUGCGAAAUGAAUUUUUAGUAAAUUUUUAAAAAAAUUAAAAAAACUUUGUAUUUUUUUUAAUGUAUAUUUAUACAAAAAACAAGCUUAAUAUUAAAAAAAAAAAAAACAAAAAUGAAAAUAAAAUAUUUCGUUAAAUUCAGGUACUAC